AUGCACAGCCAGGUUUAUCAUCUUCGAAGCCUACCGGCAUUACAGGAGAAUCAAAAGUCAUCGCCACUAUCUAGUGGGAAACUUGGUAACGUUAGGAAUGCAAAAAUCUCUACUAGAUAUUUGAGUAGAAGACUAAGAGCACUCUUGCCACUUUUGCUCCUAAUACUAUGUUUUUACAAGAGUUUUAGAAUAUACCUAACAGCUGAGAUAGAUCCAACAUUAUUAGAGUACAAUGCAUUGGUUCAACAAAACCAAUCUUUGUUUAAUCCAAAGGAUAUAGCUUUGGAUGUGUACAACUACUUGAUAGAGCAACAACAGCUUCAGCUUCAGCUUCAACUACUGCUACAGCUACUGCUGUUGCAACAACAACAAAAACAGCAAGUUUCAGAUUCCACUUUGAAAAUAGGUACCGACAAAGGUAUAUACUUUCACUGGGAUGACUGGGUGGAUUUAGAUAUAGCAAAACAAUACUUGACACUCGCAAGAUCUGAUCUGUCUUUAGAAACCCAAUGCGAUGCAUCUUUAAUUAAAUAUGGAAAAGUAAGUGGUCACUGGUUGGAAAGCUAUAACACCAAAAUCAAUAGAGGUGCAGUCAACUUGUAUUGCCUAAAAGAAAUACCUGAAAAAGUUAUAGUAACUACCGACAAAUGGUUGAUAGAAAUACCGGUUAUCGCAAAAAGAAGAUUUGGUACUCUAAAGAGCAAUCAGGUCCAAUCAAACCAAUUAAUUACCAAGCUCAAUCAGAUCAAUACAACAAGCUUACCCCAAUUCAGAUCUAGAUCUACCACCCAUUUACAAAAAAAAAUUAUGAUUGAACCAGAAGAGUUUAUCUUUAAACCAGAUGUCGAAAUCUUUGCUUUACAAGAAAAACUCAAUAACCAAACAAUCUCCAAGAAAGAACUCGAGUAUCUUGAAUUCCUAGAAUAUUCAAAUAACCACCUUGUAGAUUAUACAGAUAGAUACUUUAAGUACCCUUGGAUAUAUAGCGAUAUUAUUCAAGGUAAUGCCCACCACAUGGCUUACCCAUUUUUCAAGAGAUAUAUCAGCGACCGGGAGAGACAAAGUGUGUUGCAUCACAUGGUUCGUGCUUGGUUUCAAUUUGCCGAAACUAAUGGAUUUGCAAGCUGGAUCAACUAUGGAAGUUUAUUAGGCUGGUCUUUUAAUGGCGUAAAUAUGCCAUGGGAUACAGAUAUUGAUGUACAAAUGCCCAUUGCUCAAUUAGAUAAGUUGGGAAGGGAAUUUAACAAAACUCUAGUCAUGGAGAAUCCAAAAUAUGGCAAUGCAAGAUAUUGGUUGGAGAUUUCUCCUACAUAUAUUAGACAAGGUAACGGGAAAAAUCAUAUUGAUGCUAGAUUCAUUGAUAUCCAUACUGGAUUAUACAUUGAUAUUACUGCAUUAUCGCAUACUGAAGUACCACCACCUGCUAAACAUAACAUGCCUGAUAAUUUGUCAACAAUGUUGGUUCAUUGUAAAAAUUGGAAUUGGCAUACUUUAGACGAAUUGUUACCUAUAAGACAUACAUAUUUUGAAGGAGCAUCAGUAUAUAUACCAAACAAAGUGAACCAACUCUUAACAAACAAAUAUGGCAAGGGAGCAUUAACUGACUAUAAUGUCUACAAUCAUAAUUACCAACCAGAUAUCUCCAUGUGGGUCAGUGAUCGUAUUUGUAAAGAAGCGCCGAAGGAGGAAGUUUCAAGGUUCAAUAGGUGGCAGGGGUUGACCAGAGCAGGUGCUUGUAACUCACCAAAAUUACAAGACGAGUACAAAAUAAUUAGACAAAGUAUUCGAAGGCACUAUGACUUGAAUCAAGAUUUGGACUCUUCGAUAUAUUACGAUAUCGAACAGUUGGAAGACUUGCCUAUAUCGAGAAAGGAUUCUUGGGAUUACUACAAUGAUAUCAACCAAGGCUUAGUUCAUGAUGACGAUUGGUUUGUUGAAAAAACAAUCUAA